AUGGAUUUUCCCACAGAGAAAGAUACGCAACGACCUCUCCAAGCCGAGGCCACUCAUGAGAUUUUUGAUUCCUGUGAAAGUGACACCAACACACUCUCAUGGGACGGGCAACAUGAUCCAGAGAACCCUUUUAACUGGCCGACGUCUCAAAAAUGGGCCCUCACUUGCCUUGCCGCCUUCACCACAUUCCUCACGAUGAUGAACGGUGCUAUCAUCACAGUGGGACAUGUCGCGAUAGCAGAUCUCUUCAACGUAUCUGAAACGACGUUCCCUAAUUUAUAUUGGCCUGUAACAACAUGGGCCUGUGGAGGCGCCUGCUCUGCCUUGUUCAUUCUGCCCCUAGCGGAGGACUUUGGCACCAGGCCUGUUUUCCUCUCAACAUAUUUGAUACUGGUCUGCUUCCUCAUUCCCCAGGCAGUAGCUCAAAACUUUGCGACUUUGGUAGUCACCCGGUUCUUCGCUGGAGGGUGCAUUGCUAUUCUUGCAAACACAGCCGCGGGUGUUAUUGGAAACCUUUGGGAGACGGAAUGGGCCAGGUCCAUCCCUGUCAGUUUGUAUAUUUUGGGCUAUAUGUCUGGUAGCAGCAUGGGUCCAGUGAUGGGAGCAGCUAUUUUCCAGUCGCUUGGAUGGAGAUGGAUUAGCUAUAUGCAAAUCAUCUGGUUUGGUGCUUUGUUCUCUGUGUUUUACUUCUUCUUCUACGAGUCCCGUGGAAGCGCCAUUCUUGCCCGACGAGUCCGAGCACAGGCCAAAAACGGCGAAGCGGCAUCCAUCGAAGACGAGGUACACACUCCAGAUCUGAGCUUCAAUAAGCUUCUCGCCAGCGCGACAAGGCCAGUUAUCCUUGUCUUCACAGAGCCUGUGCUUUUCGUGUCUACCAUUUGGUCAGCCUUCACAGUGGGCACCCUUUUUAUCUUCACGCAGUCCGUUGAGCAAGUCUUCAUAGGCCUAUAUGGCUGGAGCAUCGCCCAAACUGGCUUCGUUCAGUGUUCUAUCGUCAUUGGCGAAUGCAUCGGAUGGUCCUUGAAUUUCAUAUCUCGGCACCUCUAUUUCGCCUCUGCUGCUCGCAAUAAAGAAACGCCCGGAAAACCAAUUCCUGAAGCUCGACUAUACAUGGCCAUUCUGGGUGGUGUUUUCGGGAUUUCAGGUGGGAUGUUCACCUACGCUUGGACAUCCUACCCUAAUAUUCCCUGGAUUGCACCCGCAAUUAGUCUAGGCAUGGUCGGAGCUGGCAGUGUCCUAGUUGUGACGGGUGUGUCCGACUAUGUUGUUGAUGCCUAUAGUCAGUACGCUGGAAGUGCAAUGGGAGCCGUUGCAACGGGUGAGAAUCUAUUCUCUGCUUUUUUGCCUCUUGCCACAAUGAGUAUGUACGGAUACCUCGGAUUUCAAUGGGCAAGCACGUUGCUUGCGUUUGUUUCUUUGGUACUGUCCCUUGUUCCCACUUUGAUGUUCGUGUGGGGCAAGGAAGUCCGUGCUCGAAGUCCUUUCAUGAAUGAAAUGAUGAAAAGUGUCGCUAAGAAGAAUGGCGACCUGGUCUAG